AUGUCAAAGGCAGCAGCAGCGUGGGAGACGAUCGAGUCGAUAGGAAACGCCCCGACUGAGCGCUGGGGCCAUACUGCUACCAAGAUCUCGAACGACCGCGUGGUGGCCUACGGUGGAAUCGAUGACGAGGAGCGAACACUAGGGGACUUGCACGUGUUUGACAUGCAAACACACCGCUGGACGACUCCAAUCAACUGCGAAACGAUCCCGCGAACGUGGCACGACGCCGUGCACCUGCCUCUCAAGAAUGUAGUGCUUGUGUUUGGGGGCGAGCGCACGGAAAGCGGUGAUGGUGAGCUUGCCGUUCUUUCCGACGUUAUGGUACUGGACACCGAGUGCUUCCUGUGGUUUCCACCGGCCAUUCGUGGGCCACCUCCGUCGGCAAGAAGCGGUUAUACUUGCACUGCUAUUGGGAACGAGGCCGUGGUGUUUGGUGGUAGAACAGGACGGAAUCGGCGGAGCACGGUACACAUUCUGGACACUGACGACUGGAACUGGAAGACGGCACAAGCUGAAGGAAAAGCUCCUAGCGCUUGCACAUAUCAUAGUGCUAUCGCUAUCGCUGUCGGCGACAAAAUCGUUUACUUUGGAGGCAAUAGCUUUUCCAAAAGCUCUAAUGAGGUGCACGUGUUGCAAAGAAAAGUAGAAGAGACGUCAAGUGAUCCAGUGUGGACGUGGUUUCAACCCCCUAUGGUUGGUACGCCUCCACGAGAUCGCACAGGUCACUCGACGACGCUUUUGGAUGACGGCUGCAUUUCAUCUUUGGCGGUUGGGAUCCACAGCGGGAUGAUGCAAGUGCAUUAA